GCCUUUACGGGAACUCGGUACCUGUCCCUAUCGAGUAUCGACUCCUUCCCAUCCUCCCCCAAUCUCCGCUCGUCCUCCUCCUCUCGCCACCGCCGGCCAUGGGGGAAACUCGCCACAUCAAGGCUUUGCCUCCUCUCUCUCUCUCUCUUUCUCUUUCGGCCGCUGGUCUUUAGCUGUUCUAAUCUGUUGUCAGAUGCAUUGGAGUGAGCUAGAAUUCUAGUAAUUUUAUUUGUUUGAGGGCAGGAUGAUGGUAAGACAAUGGGGCUGAAUUUUAUCGGAGCGAGAUUUGAAGGUGCCACGCUCCAUAUAGUCGCUGCCUUCAUAGUGGGUCGCUUCUGUGGAAGUAGUCUAAAGCUCCAUAUAAGUCCUCUUGACAAGUGCAUUUGCAAGAGUAGCUGUCAAUUAUUUCUCCAACUUGUCUUGCUAAUGCCAUUAACUGGGAUGUUCAUAUUUAUGAAAUUUACCAAAAGUCGCAAGUCCUGGCAUCAUAAAUGCAAGCUUCAGAUUGAAAGGGCUGCUUACUGCAUAUGGUGUUGCCUUACCAGGAACGAAUCAGGAAAUUUUCAUGUCUUACAAGGUCAAAGUCAGCAAACACAGAAUGAUAAAAUCAAAUGGCUUGAGGAAGAUUUUUUUGUUGAACUCAAUAUGAUGCAGAAGUUUGUUACAGGAGGCUGCUGGUACCUAUCAUAUUACCACCCACAACUUCAUCUCAGAAGGUUCAUUUGUCAGGCACAUCUUCUCAUAGUUUGUGGAAGGUGGUAUACAAAGUGACUAAGAUUUUCAAAAAUAAUAAAAGAAAAACUUUGCCAAUCCUAUUGUUUCAAGUUCAACAGACUAUUGCCUGCUUUUGAGAUAUUAAAAGGCAAGAUGAUAUUGUCGAGAAUACAACUGAUUUCCCAUCUCAAGUAUAUCAUGGCUGUGUGGAACUGUGAUAACAAGUAUGGAUUUUGUUA